AUGUCUCCUCCCGCUCUUGCGCCAGCCCUGGGAUCGGCUGGCAAAGAAUUUAAGCGCGAAUCUGGCACUGCAAGGCUACUAGGCUCAGGCUCCGCUGGUAUUGCCGAGCUUUUAGUUUUCCACCCCGUCGACACAAUCGCGAAGCGUCUCAUGAGCAACACAAAUAAAGUCACAAAUUCAUCCGCCUUGAAAACAGUCAUCUUCAAAGAACAUGCCUCGGCGCCCAUCACGACCAAGUUCACCUCCCUCUUCCCCGGUCUAGGCUAUGCGGCUGGUUAUAAAGUCCUACAAAGAAUCUACAAAUAUGGUGGCCAACCUUUCGUCCGCGACUAUCUCACCCAACACCACGCCCAAGAGUUCGACGCGGCAUUCGGUAAAGGCACUGGCAAAGCCAUCCUGAACGCAACAGCUGGCUCGCUGAUCGGAAUCGGUGAAAUCGUGCUCCUGCCCCUCGACGUGCUGAAGAUCAAGCGGCAAACAAACCCUGAGGCCUUCCGAUCUCGAGGUUUCCUUCGCAUCGUUGCCGAUGAGGGGUUCGGCCUGUAUCGUGGGGCCGGGUGGACGGCCGCGAGAAAUGCGCCCGGUUCUUUCGCGCUCUUUGGUGGAUCGGCAUGGGCCAAGGAGAAACUGUUCAAACUUGAAGAUUAUAACAAGGCUACCUGGGGCCAGAACUUCGUCGCUUCCGUCGCCGGUGCAUCUGCCAGCUUGAUUGUCUCUGCCCCUCUCGACGUCAUCAAAACCAGGAUUCAGAACCGCAACUUCGAGAACCCGGAAUCUGGUUUUAGGAUCGUGUCCAGUAUGCUGAAGAAUGAAGGCGUCACCAGCUUCUUCAAAGGAUUGACGCCGAAGAUGUUGAUGACCGGUCCCAAGCUGGUUUUCAGUUUCUGGUUGGCGCAGACGUUGAUUCCCUUUUUCGGCACCAUUGUGUAA